AUGGAAUGGGAAGCGCCACUCCCCGUCUGGAUCGACUCCUCCAUCGACAUUGACAUUGACGAGAUACCCUCUUCCGACUCGAUGACUGCGCUUCUGAUGGACGUGGACGACAUUCUGAUGCCCUGCACCCCCAAAAUGGACCACACAACGACACACUCGACCGCGCAGCUCUCCCCGUUCGACAACCUGCUGGACGUCGCCCCACUGACGAUCAACACCCUCAUCGACGUUGACGCGUCGCCAGAGCGAACGCAAAGAGACGCGACACUGCCGAGUUUCGACCCCAUCGCGGACAAAACGAGCACCAAAUGUGCUCGUCGGUUGGACCCUUUUGGUCGUGACCAGCGACGCAAGAGCAAACAACGGGGCUACGAGACAAACUACCGCAAGCGCCAGAAAGGCAGACGCGACACCGAUCAGCUCGAAUGGGUUCGACUCGAGAGUCAGCUGCGAGAAAUGCUCUCGAAGCGCACGGCAGUGGUCAUCGAAGGCUCGAGUGGGACCUCCGAGUCGGGAACGCGUCCGUCGAUCCGUCCGCGGUAUCUCGAGCUGCUGCACGAAGCACGAGCGCUGAGGGAGUCCAUGGCACUGGCCAACUGCUUGUGGGCCGAGACCCGAGCACUGGCGUUUUGGGGCGGGGCGAACAGCAAGACGCGAGACAUUCGGGAACAGAUCAACACGUUGCCGAGUCUACGGGCGUGCCACACGCUGGAGUUCUCCUGGUAA